GGGUAGCAAUGUUACAGUAGGUUCUGAUACAAUCAUUCAAAUCGUGUCGUCGCUCGCUGUCUCACACCCACAUCCCUGGCACUUUCAUAUGACGCUUGUGCCUGCCUUACUACUGGAAAAGAGCAGAGAUGUUCCACUAAUUACCCAGAAUGGUUACACGGAGGAUUUAUUCCACUUCUGUUGUGACUGUACGAUGUACAUAGCUCAUUGAAAUCUCAGGCUGAUCAUUGCUGAAGCUACCACAGGCUCUUGAGUCCAUCGAAUGAAAAAAAUAACACCCUGAAAAAGUGAAACACUUCUCCUUUGGAUUCAGCAUAGACACCAUGCCAGUUCUGUCAACAGCAGCAGGAUUGCAUGAAAUAUUGGCUCUGCUGACAGCUCAACUACGGCCAGAUGCCAACCUCACAGCAGAAAUCGGUUUCUUGACAGAAGUCUUCAGCGAACAUAGUUUCAAUUCACUCAUGAAGAUUCAUCAGAAACUGCAACAGUUUGUUAGACAAGGACCAACUCCUGCCCUACAGAGCGCAGCAGCUUUAGCCGAGGAUAUAUCAGAAGAGCUGCAGAGUGGACAGAACAACAAUGACAUGAGAGAACUAAUGCAGUUAUUGGCCAAGCCACACAUCCAGGCUGUGCUAUCAGCUCAUGACACAGUAGCUCGCAAGGCCUUUGAUCCUGUGCUACCACCUAUGCCAGAUGACCUUGAAGUUGAAGAGGAGGAGGAAUCUAUGAAGAUUGUCCGCCUUGUGAAAAAUAAAGAGCCAUUGGGAGCGACCAUCAGGAUGGAUGAACAAACAGGCGCCGUUGUUGUUGCUCGGAUCAUGCGCGGCGGGGCCGCAGACCGCAGUGGUUUAGUUCAUGUUGGAGAUGAACUGAGAGAGGUCAAUGAAAUCCCAGUUGAGCACAAGACGCCUGAAGAAAUCAGUCAGAUUCUGGCCCAGUGUCAGGGUUCAAUAACAUUAAAGCUAAUUCCAGCUGUCAAUGAAGAGGACCAGUUUAAUGAAACUAAGGUGUUGAUCAAUGCUGAGAAAGCUUUACACAAGGCUCCACGUCGACGAUUAAGGGCUAAGGUACAUGUGAGAGCCUUAUUUGACUAUGACCCAAGUGAGGAUAAAGCGAUUCCCUGUAAAGAAGCAGGGUUACCUUUCAGGAAAGGGGAUGUCCUUCAGGUUGUGAGCCAGGAUGACUCUGUGUGGUGGCAAGCAAAACGUGUGGGAGAUGCAAACCUGCGAGCGGGCCUUAUCCCAUCAAAAAAGUUUCAAGAGAAACGGCUUGCCUACAGGCAAAAAAAAGCUAAUUUGGAACAAGAGAAACGCAGUAAAAGACAAUCCUAUGACCAAAGUUGUGAGAAAGAUGACUGUGACUGUGAUGGGUAUUUGAAUGGGCUGUACAUAGCUGGUUUACGGAGAAGUUUUCGGCUCAGUCGGAAAGACCGACACGCAAACCAAAAUGAAGAGAAACAGACUGAGCAGAAGGAUGUAGAAUAUCUUACUUAUGAAGAAGUGGUUGCCUACCACCGUCGCCCCAAUGAUGUGCACAGGCUGGUGGUACUAGUUGGUUCUAUAGGAGCAAAGGCAAAUGAGAUGAGACAAAGAAUUGUAGCAGAGAAUCCUAAUCGCUAUAAUGUGGCUGUUCCUUCAACAACAAGGCAAAAGAAAAUCCAUGAGAGGCAAGGACUGGAAUAUCAUUUCGUCAGUAAACUUUCAUUUGAAGCAGAUAUUCAGAAGAACAGGUUUGUCGAACAUGGAGAAUACAAAGACAAUCUGUAUGGAAUAAAUGUAGAUUCCAUUCGUUCAAUAAUGCUAAAAAAAAAGAUUUGCUUAUUGGAUGCAAAUCCAGAAACGAUCAAAAACCUCAGAACGGCAGAGUUUAAACCAUUUGUGAUAUUUGUCAAACCAUUCCUUCAAGAACCAAAGGCAAGCACAUCAACAGCUGAAACAUCAGGAAAUGACAAUGUUAAAGAAUUAGGUCUCAUCUGCAGAAAUGUCACAUUCUUGAGGAUGCAGAGAUCCUGCAGCAUGUUAUCGACACGUUGGGUGAGUGGACAAAUCAAUGCCAGAUGCAGUAUAAUUUGGAUAAAUGUGCAGUUUUUCACUCAGGAAGCAAAACCAAGAAGGCAGAUUUCCACCUGAAUGACUGUAAAUUGGGAGAGGGGAGUGUGCAGUGGGACCUGGGCAUCCUCGUGCACCAGUUGCUGAAGGUAAGCUUGCAGGUGCAGCAGAUGCUAAAGAAGGCAAAUGGUAUGUCGGCCUUCAUUGUGAGAGGCUUUGAGUACAGGACCAGGGAUGUUUUGUUGCAGUUGAGACCACACAAGAAAUAUUGCGUGCAAUUUUGGUCUUUUCUGAGGAAGGAUGCUCUUGCUCCCAAAGAAGUGCAGUGAAGGUUUACCAGGCUGAUUCCAGGGAUGGCAGGUCUGAUAUAUGAGGAGAGAUGGAAUAUGUCGGGAUUGUUUUCACUAGAGUUCAGAUGAAUGAGGAGGGAUCUCAUAGAAACUUAUAAAAUUCUAACAGGACUAGACAGGGUUGAUGGAGGGAAGAUGUUCCAAAUGGUGACUGUGUCCAAAACCAGGGGUCACAGUAUGAGGAUUCAGGGUAGACCAUUCAGGAAGGAGGUGAGGAGUCACUUCAUCACCGAAAGAGGGGGGAGCCUGUGGAGUUCAUUACCACAGAAAGUAGUUGUUGGGAAAACUUUGAAUGCUUCAAGAGGUGACUAGGUAUAGCUCUUGGGGUGAAUGGGAUCAAAAGUUAUGGGGAGAAAGCAGGAUUAGGCUAUUGAGUUGGAUGAUCGGUCAUGAUCAUGAAGAAUGGCGAAGCUGACUCAAAGGGCCAAAUGGCCUCUUCCUGCUCCUAUCUUCUAUGUUUCUAUGUUUGAAAAUUUUCCUGAUCUUUUCUGGAUCUUUCUGUUUGAAACCUCAGAUGUGUUAAUCCUGCAAAGCCUUUCUUUGCAAUCUGGCUCAUCUAUUGCUUGAUUUAUAAAGAAAAAGUGUGUACGUUGUUUUAAUAGUUUCAAAUUCAGUAAAGGUGUUGCUGGAUUCUGUCCAGUCCACGGAGGUUUCUGCUGUCCUGUUAUCUAUUGCAUAUCAGCACUCUCAGAAAUAGAUGCUGCUGAUUGUCCAAAACUUUUGAACUAGUUAGUCUUCAAUUAGUCUUGCAAACAUCUGCCAUAUAGACAGCCAUUUAUGAUGCAAUUUUGCCUUCUACAGGAUAUUUUGCCUGCAGCAGCAGUGUUUAUAUUAGCACUUGAACACAACUAUCUGGAUAUCUGGUACUGAAGAAUCUAACAGCUGUUUACGUCAGCUAACUAUUAUAAACAAACUUUAGAUUACAGUUGAGCAGCACAUAUUUGGUUGCAUGUUAUGCUUCAAGUGAUUGCUUUUUAAGAUGGACUGUGAGAAUUUUAUACCCUCAGAUCACGUGCUAUGACACAAUAACUGUAUCAUGAGCAUGACUCAAAGGUAUACUAACUGAGAGAUACAACAUAACAAAUUACACUCAAAGUAUCUCCAGUGUCAAACAACAGGAGGAAGUGAUUCCAAGGUUAGAACAAAGUUCUUUAAUUCAGAUCAUGUACAAAACACACAAACAAUUUAUCUCUUUGCCAAUGUGCUAAAUUUCAUGACAGAUAUUUUUAUCUUGGAAAGUGAACUUUCAUAAAGAUGUUAUGGUUAAUAAGGAUCCAUUCUAAUUCAGGUCAAAUAAAUGGUAAAUUCGGUACACAACACAAUUUUAAAAGGCUGUUUUAAUAACUGUCAUAAUUCCCACUUACCUCUCGUUACAUUACUUAUCUCAGCAAAACCCACAAAUUAAAUAAGGUUGCCUCUGAUCCAUGCGAAACACAAAGUGGCACUUUCUUCAUUGCAACCUAUCUUUUAUAUAUUGAUACAACACUGGAGACUGAGUGUUGGAGGAGUGAAACAACAAAGGAGCCUGAGGACAAGGGAGUGAAAAUAGGUCAUUAAGCACAAGGGAAGUACAGGUUAAGAUAGGUUAAGAUUCAUCACCUGGAAUGGGGUGAUCUGUGCAUCUUUGGACUGUUGGAGGAAACCGGAGAAAUCAGACAAAACCCCCACAGACGCAGGGAGAACGUACUAACUCCACAGAGACAGCUGACCGAGGGUGGAAUCAAAUCUGGUCUUUUUAGGAAGAUAUAGUCUGAUACUAUAUUGUGAUUUUGUUUCACCUUCUCUACUACUAUUAAUGUUCUAUUUUAAAGGCCUACUAAAAACCGACUAAGGUUGAUGGACUAUCCCUCAACCAACAAUGAAAUCUGGGAAAUUCAACACAAAUGUUGUGCUAGUCCGUAUAAUACAUUCUUCGCAUGGGAUGUUCUUUGAGAGUUGAAACCAGUGGUACACAAACAUGCAGUGUCUUAUAAGCUCCAGAUCCCUAUAAGAUCCAGGAAACCAGCACUACACCCAAUAGCAAAGAAGAGAAUUUCUCUUUAAGUACAGUCUGUUCGAAGGGUAACCAGCAAACUGAGUCAAACAAAAUUAAGUCAAUACACAUGGCCCUAAUUGAAUUUGAAUCAGAAUUUAAGUCUAGUCCUCAAUUUGGUAAUGAGCACAAAUAGUUUUUGUUAAAGAACUAUGUGGUUCAUGCAUGAUUUUCUGCACAUAUGUUCUGUCACCAAUUUCUACAAAUAGAUAGAAGAUGUCUAAUGCACAGGACAAUCUAGUGUGGAAAUGAAGAUUUCUGCAUUUGCUACACUGGCUUGGAUCAUGUAGUUCCCAUUUAUUCUGCACAAUGCAUGCAAUUAAAUACAUUCAUAAGUGUUCUCAAAAUAAAUGAUUUGCAAUUGUGAGUGUAAGCUUUAACAGUCUGUAUAGGUGUGACUAAUUACUAUAACUAGUCAUUGAAAUAAAUGUAUUGCACCAGUGUUGAUAUGCGACAGGAUCCAAAUCCCACACAGAUAAUCCCACUGCGGUGAGAUCUGCAAUAUUUUUGAUUAAUAUACACAAGGUCCCAAAGAUAGCAUACUAUCAGUGUAAUCUUCCAGUGUUAGUUGAUUCUAAGCAUUUGAGUUUCAUGGUUAACACUUUCUAUCAUUAGAUCAUUGAGAAAGCAUAAGUUCAAGAAUUUUUACACUAAUGUUAAUCACCAGUCACAAAACAAUCCUCAUUAGAAUAACUCUGCAAAGCGCCAUCUGGGACUAUUUAUUUUGCAGAUAUGUUUUCACGGCAACAUUGAAGUGCAUCCCUGAACAAAGGCCAACCAACAAUACUUGCUGUACACGAUUGUACUUUUCUGUACAGUUAUUAUUUAGCCAAGCACAGAAAAUAUAGUCAGACUUGCAGUCAGACAAUAGGGUUAGGUUUGAACUUGACCAAUUGGAUUGAAUGGCCAACAUGGUAUCAGUUUAUGAGAUUAUUCUAAUGAAUAAGAUAUUACCUACAUUUUUGCCCUAAGUUAGAAUUACCCACAGUUAGUGUGCAAAUAAUGCUUAGCAGAGGUUAGUUUUACAAGCAUGCAAAAAUAAACCCACAAUUCACAGCCAUCACAGCUGCAACAGCAUUCCAUGUGGUACAAAGAAUAACUGAAAAGUGUCAGUGGAGAGAUGUUCUGUUUAUUACAUAAAUUUGUUUUUCGUUGUAGUGUGCAACAUUGUAUCUCCCCUGUUGUGUUCCAGUUGUUGCUGUAUCUUCAAUGCAGUCAGUGAUCACCUAUAAAAAUAGAAGUUAUUAAUCGUGUAAAUAUAACUAAAGCAGAAGUGAAAAGUGUAAUCAAUUUUAUUCAAUGGGUAUUGUAGCACAGAUGGCAUUGUGCAAAUGACAAAUUUGGGACUAUACAUAUUGCUUGAAUCAAAGCCAAACAUUUUUCUUCUUAAUUAUAACCUGAAUAUUGUUUUAUAUAAGAACAAUAUUUUAAGAAGUGGCAUGUUUUUAAAAGAAAUGUGUAUAAGAAUUUGUUGUUUUGUUUCUGUUUUCAGAUGUAUUGUUAUGUAGUUUAUAUGCACAAAAGUGUAAGAUAAAACCUUAUUUGUUUGAAUGCUGUUUACAAGAACAAUAAGUAUUGGUAAUCAAAUUCCACUGUGUCCAUAAGUUGUUUCAUUUUGUUUCUUGCAUAAAGAUUAACAACAAUCAAGAUCAAAAUGUUUCUGGGAAAGCUGAAUCAAUUCCCUUAUCAAACUACUUACAUUAUAGGGUCUCCAAAUACACAUUUCAUUAUUUACAGCUGGCUAUUCUGUUCUUCAGAAUCCAUCAGUGGCUUUUUCAUUUUACUCACAUGCAUACCAACAGGACUGCAGUGCAGAAUGAGGCCAUCUCUCCCACUGAGUCCAUGACAACCCUCUGAUGUGUCCAGACACAAUACCCACCCUAUCUAUGUAUCCCUGCAUUUAGCAUGGCUAAUCUACCUACCCUACACAUUCCUGGAUACCAUGGGACAAUUCAGCGUGGUCAGUCCACCUAAGCUGCACAUCUUUGGACAAUGAGAGGAAACUAGCACUCCCAGAGGAAAUCCACACAGACACAACUGCAUAUUCCAGACAGACUUUGCCCGAGGCUAGAAUCAAAACCAGGUCCUUGGCACUGUGAGGCAGCAGUGGUAACCACGGAGCCACUGUGCCACCCCUGAACCACCAUGCCACUCUGAGCUACCAUUACUGCCAGUGAAAGUCACCACUGAGUUCCCAUGCCUGCUCACUUUCUCACAUUUCCCUCACCACAGUCUCAAAACAACUUUCAUCAUCUAAACAUAGGCAUCUAACUCAACGUACUUAAGUUUGCCAAAAUCAGGAAAUCAGAUGGAGCAUACAACAGGCAUGGAGGAGAUGCAAAUUUCACCUCUUUAAAGUUUAAGCGGGGUAUUCAGGAGUAAACUCAACCCUAUUUGUCCAAACAAAUUGAAGACGGUUAAAAUCAGAUGCCAAUGCAAAUUACUUCAUCCAUUUAUUAUGUAUUAAACAAGUACUUCCUUGCAAAGGAGCUAGAGGAGUAUAUAUAUUUUUCUAAGUCAAAUUACAUUCAUAGAGGAGACCAUUUGGAUCAAAGCCACAUAGCAGUUAUUACAGCAAACUUGCAGUAAUUAACACAGGAAGUAAAUUUGAUGAACACAUACUGUUUAUUGCAUGGGAAUAAGCAAACAGAAAUACAACAAAAAGCCAAUUGUGUGCAAUCCAUUUGUCUAACUGUUGUGUUGUUUUAUCUUAAUUUGAACUUAAUCUGUUUGCAGGUGGAGAAGGCAUAUACCAAUUCCCAGAUGGUCUUUCACCCACCAUGAGAUGGAAGCCAUUUAAUUUCUCUACUUUAAACUUGGAGUGUGAAUAACUUAAUUUGUUGCAUUUUUUUAUUUGCUAAUUCCUGUUUAAUAAAUACCUUGUGCUCAUUAAAUUAGCUCUUCAGUGUUAAAUAGUAUAACUUGCCGUAUGAGGCAUGUGAAUACAAGGCGAUAGAAACAAACAACCUACAUCUCCCACAACAAGAAGCACUUUGUUAAUGAGUGAAUUAAUUUACAUUGGCAUCUGAUUUUGAAGGUCUUCAAUUGACUUAGGAAAAUUAAUAAGGGAGGUCAAAUGUUAUACUUCCUUGUUCAUGACUGGCUAUUCCAUUACUGGGGGGUCAUCAAAGAGUCAAUCUCUGUUUCACUUAACUCACAUGCACAUCAGCAAGACUUCCAUGAUGAAAGUCACCAAUGAGAUUCUAUAGCUUACUGUGGCUUUUCAGCAUCUUUAUCGAUUUCUCACUUUUCCUCUCCAUGGUCUACAUGACUUCAUUCCUGUUUUAACCUUAAUUGUCAAAAUGCAGUCAACUCAGUCAAAUAAUUUUUAUGUUGGCCCAGUCAAUAAUUCCAUGCAUCACCAAUUAAAGCUGUGCAAAAUCUUGCAGCAAUGAUUCAAAACAGGACGAUAGUAAAUCAAAAAUGUUAAAAUUUACAAGCAUACUCAAAAACUUACCAACCUUGCCAGGAUAUUGCUCAUCAUUCAAUCAUCUGUAAAGACCAAUAUUUUCCUCAAAAGGAGUUCUAGAAAUACUUUCAAAAUGUAAUUCAAGUUUAUAAGAAAACAACAUUUCAAAGAAGAGAUCAAUGGAUUUUCAUUGGGUGAGUGAUGUAGAACAAAGAUGAUCAAAGGAGUUGGGUUCAUAACAUAAGCCAUGAUCUAAUUAAAUUAUGCAAGUGGCUCAGGGAAUUCAAUGUCCUACUUUACGUUUCUUCUUGCAACACCAACUUUGAAGCUUCCUUUACAAGAACGUUAAUAAACCCAGACAAUAAGGAAAUCAUUGGGUUUUGUAUUACUGUAUUUGCUAUAACAGUUACAGUGGUAUAAAACUAGCAGUUUCAUGCAAAUGCAGACUAAAGGUUAAUAAUUGGCUGUUGAAAUAGCACAAGCCAAGAAGAAUAAUUGAUUUACUGGAAAGUUAAAUUGCACAUUAUUUGAAAGCAUGAAAAUGCUAGCAAACAAUGCUUUAA